AAUUAAGUGAGUGAUUUAACUUCUGAAUUAUUGGCCGGUAGAUGGCGACUCAUUUUCGCCGGAAACAGUUACCCGGAAAUCGGAAUUUGUUGUCACGACUUUUAAAUUUUGUUAAAAUCUUCAUCAGGUUAAUCAUUGUCGUUAAUUAGUUUUUUCUUUCUUGGUUAUUUCAUCUUCUUCCUUUGUUAAUUUAAAAUGGCUCUUAAACUUUCCGGUGACGUUAACUCUCCUGCCAAUCUUGCCAGUCUUAAUACUUAUUUGGCUACUAAGAGUUACAUUGAUGGUUAUACUCCAUCUUCUUCUGAUGUUGUUAUUGCUGAUGCCAUUUCUUCAAGUAAACUUGCCGGUGAUCAAUAUGCCCACGUUGCUCGUUGGUUCCGACACAUUUCAGCUUAUUCAGCUGCUGAGAAGAAAGCUUUCCCCGGUGUAAAGAAAAGUUUAGCUGAUUUUGGUGCUGAAGGUGGUGCAAAAGCUGCCGCUGGUGGUGGAGAUGAUGAUGAUGAUGAUCUUGAUCUUUUCGGUGAAGAGGAAGACGCCGAGGCAGCCAAGGUCAGAGAGGAACGUCUCAAAGCUUAUGCCGAGAAAAAAGCCAAGAAACCAACUGUCAUUGCCAAAUCAAACGUCAUUUUAGAUGUUAAACCUUGGGACGAUGAAACCGACAUGAAAGCCAUGGAAGCAGAGGUCAGAAAAAUCUCCACCGAUGGUUUAAUCUGGGGUAUUUCGAAACUUCAACCUAUUGCUUAUGGUCUUAAGAAACUACAAAUCGUCUGUGUUGUCGAAGACGAUAAAGUUUCAAUUGAUUGGUUAACCGAAGAGAUCGAAAAGAUUGAAGAUUAUGUUCAAUCGGUCGAUGUAGCCGCCUUCCAGAAAAUCUAAUUUUAACACAAUGAGUACCCGAGAUUCCUGAAUAAUCAAUAAAGAAAAAGCCUCUACAAUUGAUUUAUAAGAAUAACUAAA